AGCGCAUUGUUCGCAUUGGUGGUUCUGUCCUGAUGUCAUUGGGCCCAGCCUCCCUCCAGCUCUUCGUCUAUAAAUUGAAUCCUCGGUCUGUGCAGUUCCCCCCCCUCUCGGACCUGGGAUCAGUAGAGCAGUAGAGCAGCGAAGAAGAGAAGAGUGCUGGUGAAAUGUUUGGAAAUGUCCCACACCCACCUGCGUCCCCGUGCUGUGAUCAUUUAGGAUUUUUGCAGAAGAACAACAACCUUGACGACAAGGGCCGGAUCGUGAGUUCUUUCCAGGAGCGCUCCUCCAAGAACCAGCGGUCGUGUGACAACAGCGCGAGAGAUGGCCCAUUCAGACGCUCCGAAACGGACUUCUCCAACCUGUUCGCCAGAGAUCUGCUCCCGGCCAAGAACGGCGAGGAGCAGACCAUGCAGUUCCUGUUUGAGAUCGUGGACAUCCUGACCACGUACGUCAGGAAGACCUUCGACCGCUCCACCAAGGUGCUGGACUUCCACCACCCCCACCAGCUGCUGGAGGGUAUGGAGGGCUUCAACCUGGAGCUGUCGGACCAGCCCGAGUCCCUGGAGCAGAUCUUGGUGGACUGCAGGGACACCCUGAAGUACGGUGUCCGGACCGGUCAUCCCCGGUUCUUCAACCAGCUCUCCACUGGCCUGGACAUCAUCGGCCUGGCCGGGGAGUGGCUCACGUCCACCGCCAACACCAACAUGUUUACCUACGAGAUAGCUCCAGUCUUCGUGCUGAUGGAGCAGCUGACUCUGAAGAAGAUGAGGGAGAUCGUUGGCUGGCCAGAGGGAGAGGGAGACGGUAUUUUCUCUCCAGGCGGCGCUAUAUCCAACAUGUACAGCGUGAUGAUCGCCAGAUACAAGUACUUCCCCGAGGUCAAGACCAAAGGCAUGGCCGCCGCACCUCGGCUGGUCCUCUUCACCUCCGAACACAGCCACUACUCCAUCAAGAAGGCGAGCGCUGCCCUGGGCUUCGGGACGGAGAACCUGAUCCUGCUCAAGACGGACGAGAGAGGGAGAGUCAUCCCGGCAGAUCUGGAAGCCAAAGUCAUCGACGCAAAGCAGAAGGGCUACGUCCCGAUGUUCGUGAACGCCACCGGUGGCUCCACGGUCUACGGCGCCUUCGACCCCAUCAACGAGAUCGCGGACAUCUGCGAGAAGUACAACAUGUGGCUCCACGUGGACGGUGCAUGGGGAGGAGGGCUGCUGAUGUCCAGGAAACACAGACACAAGCUGAAUGGGAUUGAGCGAGCAAACUCUGUCACCUGGAACCCUCAUAAGAUGAUGGGAGUCCCACUGCAGUGCUCUGCCAUCCUGGUCAGGGAGCGGGGCGUACUACAAGGCUGCAACUCCAUGUGUGCCGGCUACCUGUUCCAGCCCGACAAACAGUACGACAUCAGCUACGACACGGGAGACAAGGCCAUCCAGUGUGGACGACAUGUGGAUAUCUUCAAGUUCUGGCUCAUGUGGAAGGCAAAGGGAACAGUAGGUUUUGAGCAGCAUAUCGACAAAUGUCUCGACCUGUCCGCGUAUCUCUACAAUAAGAUCAAGACCAGAGAGGGGUACCAGAUGGUGUUCGAAGGAGAGCCCCAGCACACCAACGUGUGCUUCUGGUACCUUCCGCUGAGCCUGCGGAGCCUGCCCGACGGCCAGGAGCGACGGGAGCGGCUGCACAAGGUGGCUCCUAAGAUCAAGGCGCUGAUGAUGGAGUGUGGGACCACCAUGGUGGGCUACCAGCCACAGGGGACGAAGGUGAACUUCUUCCGCAUGGUGAUCUCCAACCCGGCUGCCACCCGCUCCGACAUCGACUUCCUGAUCGACGAGAUCGAGCGACUGGGCUACGACUUGUAAGAGAGAGCGCCUGAUUGGUGCUGGUGUGCAGAAGAGACCCCUCCCACUCCAAGGUCUGCACACCGUUGUUUGGAUUGGUUUUAAAUCCUCCGAUUAAAGUUUAGCCCAACACCCCCCCCAAGCCCUGUGUUCUGGUAACGCUGUUUGGCCAUUAAAGUCCUCUUUAUUAAUGACGUAGUGGCAAGAAAACCACUUAUAAUAUUCCCCCUCUUAGUGGUGGACUUAAACAUUUUAGUAAUAACCACAACGUUGUAAUUAAAUCGUAAAUUUAAAAAAUGUAGAACUUAGCGGGAAACGUGUCCAGUGUCAACAUCCACAGUAUUGCUGUCAUAAACAUGAUCUCACGUCCUGACUGUAGUGUUGUCUAAUACCUAAAUUACUUCCCCCACCAAAAGCAUACCGUACCCUCACCAUGGCGUCCUUUUCAUAAAGACUGUGUAGCACAAGUAUUGUAAUCGACUGCUGUGUUUUUAGAGCUGCUCCUUUUGUCUAGACUGUGUAUAGUAUUUAUUGUUACAUUGCUUUUGUCACAAAUGUGUCCCAGUUUUGUUAUAGAAAACACAAACAGGCAGAUAGAAUGUAACGGACGAAACAGUUUACUUACAUUUAAGAUAUUGUAAGUAAGGAUAGGCUAUCCGCUAUUCUAUUCCAUUUUUAAGAUAUCCUCAUUUCGAUUGGAAAUGUUUAUCAGAAUGUUUUAAAACUACGUAUACGUCCUUUUGUGUAUUUGUGAACCAAAGAACACUAGUUACACAUAUGCAUAUAUACCUGCCUCUCACGUGGAUUAAUUAAGAUAUUUAUGUAGAGAUAUUUACCUUGCCACCUAAACUUAAGUGCAAUCUAUGUGAUGUAACUCUAUCAUGUCCGUGUGGAUAAUGACUAAAUGUUGUCCAGUCCAGCAGUGUGGUUCCCUGUGCUUUGAUGAAGAGUUUAAAUUAAAAGCACAAUAAUGAUUAAUCAUCCCCUUCGCCCAAAACACUUAUUCCGUCUGUCCUCCAGUUCCUCACGUAGUUAAAGCUUCUAUCAGAGAGGAGGACGAAAUAGGGACAAAAUAAAAAAUGAAUGUCUAAGCUGCUUGGAUGAAUAAAUGUGAAGAGUACAUC